UUCGACGCUGAGCGGUUCGGCUUUUUCGGUGGUGAACGGUGGCUUAACGGUGCUUAGAUUGCGUUGCGUGAGCGAGUACUGCAGCGGGCCCCGAGAACGUCUCUCCGGUUGAGCGUACCGUGAAAACCAGAAGCCACGACAUGGACGUCGACAUGAACGACGGAAAGGAUCGCAUUGCGCCGAUGUUCAAGGGUCGGCACGUGCUGAUCACGGGCGGCACGGGAUUCCUGGGCAAGGCGUUAAUCGAGAAGUUGCUCCGAUGCUGCCCGGAGAUCGGCCAGAUCUACUUGCUGGUCCGGGCGAAGAAGGGCAAAGCGCCCCGGCAACGCUUGGAGGACGUCUUCGCCAAUCCGCUAUUCGACACGGUCAAAGGCAUCCGCGGCCUGGAUGCGUUGCUGAGCCAGUGCACCGUGGUUGGGGGCGAUGUGACGGAACCGGACCUGGCCCUUUCGCCCGAAGACCGGAACCUGCUGACGGACAACAUAUCGAUCGUGUACCACUGCGCCGCCACGAUCCGCUUCGACGAGACGCUGAAGAAGGCGGUCAUGCUCAACACCCGCGGCACCAAGCUGAUGAUCGAUCUGGCGAAGCAAUGCAAACAGCUGGAAAUGUUCGGAUACGUGUCCACCUCGUACUGCCAUCUGAACGAGAAGCUGCUGCUCGAGAAACCGUACGCACCGCCGGCCGAUCCGCACAAGGUGAUCAAAGCGGUCGAAUGGCUCGAGGAAAGCGUCGUCGAUGGUAUGACCAAAAAAAUUUUGGGUGAUUGUCCCAACACCUACGCCUACACCAAAGCUCUGGCCGAAGCACUAGUGAUAGAGUCGAUGAGCGAGAUUCCGGCCGUCAUCUUCCGUCCCUCGAUCGUGAUCCCGACCUGGCGCGAACCGAUUCCCGGGUGGACGGACAACAUCAACGGCCCGGUGGGUCUGCUGAUCGGUGCCGGAAAGGGUGUGAUCCGUUCGAUGUACUGCAACUCGGACGGCUAUGGGGACUAUCUGCCCGUGGACUUUGCCGUCAGUGCGAUGUGCGUGUGCACCUGGAACUACGUUGGCCGAAAGGAUCAUGCUCGCAACAUCUACCAUCUGGUGAGCUCGGCAGAGAUUAAGGUCUCCUGGGAGGGCAUCAUCGAGCGCGGCAAGUGGAUCGUGUCGAACAAGAUCCCACUGAACGGUGUCCUGUGGUACCCGGGUGGGUCGAUGAAGCGCACACGAUGGGAGCACAAUCUGUCCGCGUUCUUCUUCCACUGGAUACCGGCGUUUCUGAUCGACUGCCUACUGUACUGCUUCGGAUACAAACCAAUACUGUGGAGAAUACAUCAGCGUAUCGCCAAGGGUUUUGAAGUGUUUGAGUACUACGCCAACAAUCAGUGGGACUUUGACAAUGCCACCAUCCUGUACCUGCGAACGAUCAUCAACGAGGAGGAGAAGGUUAAAUUCAAAAUCGAUGCCGGAGGUGUCGAGAUACAGGAGUACUUUGAAAACUGUAUACGAGCCGCCCGGUGGUACAUCCUGAAGGAGACGGACGACACGAUUCCGGCCGCUAGGCGCCACAUGAGAGUUAUGUGGUGGGUCGACAAGAUAUGCAAAACAAUAAUCUACGGUGGGCUCAUCUACUACAUCGGAAAGGCGCUCUACUCGCUACUGUUUGCGUCCGUGUUCUAAGCUCCGCCGGGCUGGAUGUACCUUACCUGACUAGAUCCUGAACCCCUUGACCGCGUGGCCCGCAGUUGGGGGCAGUUCGGUAUUAAUUAAGCGCAAUUAAUUCUUAGAUUCCAUCACGCCACUGCCGCUACUCACGGUGCGAUUCGGCGGUCAGUUUGUUGAUUGUUUUUCACUCUCUUCCGAUUGGUUCUGAUCUUUGGCCGGCAUCUAAAGAGACACCGUUUCCGACCAUCGUCCGAUGGAUUAGCCCAUUUGCCGUUCCGGUUUAAUUUUUGUUUUCGUUUACUUAGUGUCCGGGUGUAGUGCUGUAAGUGUUUAACUGUGGUUCACGUAUAGACUAAGAUGCCACCGCCGGACGCGGCGGCAACGAUUAUUAAUAAACCACUAAAUCAUUUGAUUUUUA